UAUGUAGUGCAGUGUGUGUCUCGGGUACCUGUCUACUUCCUCCUCUAGCCACCCAGUGGAUUGUACAGAGUGUAUUUAUAGCUUCAGUACGACCUCGCAUAAUAUCGAGGUGUCUGAUCAGACCAGUGACCUAGACGAUAUCCUCUGUUGUAUUUGAACAGCUCAGGUGUAGUCAAGAAUACUCCUGACAACAAAUGAACCUACGGAAUGGCGGAUAAAUCGCUAAGGUAUUACUUGUUACUUGUUUUGGUGCGAUCAACUCAAGGAAACAUCACAUCAGAGUGUAGCACUGGUGACAGUUACUGGGAAGUGCAGGAGGGCAAAACAAACAACAUCUUUACAUGCACUGGUAUGUCAACACAAGACACCAUACAGUGGUAUUCCUGGUAUAACAACACUCGUGUCUCUAACCGAGGUUCAUGUCCACCUCGCACAUCUGAAGGAAGUCCGUUUGUUUGUGACACACGAGGGGAACCCGUUUUUAUAAUAAGCAGGACUUCUGAUGACACUGGUGUGAUGGUCAUUAAUGCAACUGCUGCUCGAGAUUCAAGUUUAUUUGACAAGGGGCAACUGCAAUGCCACGCUUAUCAACAGGGGAUGAAAGUUGGUGAAGAUGGUUGUCGCCUCGACUACAUACAUACAGGUGAAAAUAUAUCAUGUACAGUUGAGUUCAAAAGCGACACGUGGACUGUGUACGGCCAGUGUGGAAUACAGAAAGUUUAUUCGGCACAGAACCGGUAUCGCUGUGAAUGGAUUCAGCUGAAAGAGGUAACAAAGGGAGAAACACUGCUCGCUAACAUCUCAAUGACUGUCGUGCCUCUUGUGGAUAAGUACGUCAGUGGAUGGUGUAACUUCACCAGUCACCUGCCGCCGCCAGGUCAGUACACUUACCACGUGACUGUUACUCCGGGUGAGGUGACUGUCAAUGCGAGUUUCAUCGGAAAUAACGAAAUACGUCGCCCCCUGAGUACACUUUACCACAACUGUCCACAAUAUAUACGACCUGGCGACUGCCUGUCAUGUACGUGUUUUGCGGAUGACCUGGGCAGCCCGCCUGGAGUUGUAGUCUGGAACACAACUCACUCAGCAGAACUACGUUUGACAGGUGUGCAGGUUGUGGACAAUGGCACACAUGUAUGCCAGUCCUUCUGGAACAACACAGUUGUGCGGUCUGUGGAAUACUUCGUACAAAUUGGAAACUCUCCCAAUGUGCUGACCUUCAGUUUGAAUAAUGUUGCCAGCAAGACAGUGAAUGUUGAUGAGAAAUCUCAAGUGGAGAUGAAAUGCAGUUCCUAUGGAAAGCCCACUCCUAGCAUUGGACUUGUAAAUGUAGCAGACCCUUCUACACUGCUCAACCAAAGCCAGCCUACAGGGGGCAUCUUUGAACAUUCAAAGGAGGUGACUUACAGUAUACAUCAAGUCCUGUGUGAAGCUUCAGGUGUCUACCGAUGUGACACCAACAACAGCAUUGGACAGGACAGCCAGAGUCGGACAUUGCUUGUGUCCUGUGCCCCCAAGAGAGCCGAUGGUGACGAAAAGCCUCAGACUGUACAGGUAACAAAUGGUGUAGGAGUGCUGAAAAUUAAAAUGAUGGUGUAUCCUACACCAGAGCUGAACAUUAUUACCUACCUUGGCAUGAAUGACAGUUCAGAUGGAUAUCCAGUGAAAGAAAACAAUGUUUAUGCUGCCUGUUCUACAACUCUGCUGUCCCCAGCUUCAGUCACCUGCAAUGUCAUCGUCAUCAACAUGACACACAAUGAUGAGGGUUUCUACAGAAUCGUCUUCAGCAACAGUUUAGGAGACUUGCCUUUCACAUUCUAUGUCAAAGUGUCUGAAGAUGACCAACAGGCCUGUGUCAUCACAAAGACGGAUGAGAACAUUGCUGGAGUCGUCGUGCUGGCUGUGAUGCUGUCAGUUGUCGCUGUGUUGAUUGUGGUUGUCAUCAUCUGGGUGUGGCGACGUGGAUGGACUUUACCUUGCGCAGUUGCAGAUGGAACUAACCAUACAAACACGCAGCAAAACCAGAGAAACUCUGACGCAUCAGGACAGUCUUCGGCUCCAAAAAUAAUGGACGCAACAGGAGUUGUAGGAAGAGCAGCUGGGCUUUAUGAUGCACUACGAAUGGAAGAUGUAGGGAAACAAUCACACUAUCAAGAGAUUCGGCAAGACCAGAACGCCUCGAAAACAUCUUAUGAAGUUGUGAACAGUCCUACGAGGAAAAGGAGAGAAGAACCCACUUAUAUGAACUGAGUGCUGUUGUCUCCAUAGUGCUAUACAUUUCAAAGACAUUUCUGCAUCGCUAUUUUAUUUAAGUAGCAGCAAUAAAAUAAUAAAAUUUCCAACAAUAAAA